AUGCCUCCCAAGUUCGAUCCCAAUGAGGUGAAGAUCAUCCACCUGCGUGUGACUGGUGGUGAGGUCGGCGCUCAGUCCGCUCUGGCCCCCAAGAUCGGUCCCCUCGGUCUGUCUCCCAAGAAGAUUGGUGAAGAUAUCGCCAAGAACACUGGCGACUGGAAGGGUCUCCGCGUUACCGUCCGCCUGACCAUCCAGAACCGUCAGGCCGCCGUCUCCGUUGUUCCCUCCGCUUCUUCCCUUGUCAUCAAGGCCCUCAAGGAGCCUCCCCGUGACCGCAAGAAGGAGAAGAACAUCAAGCACUCCAAGUCCAUCCCCAUGGAUGAGAUCAUCGAGAUUGCCCGCAUCAUGCGCACUCGCUCCAUGGCCAAGGAGCUCCGCGGUGUUGUCCUCGAGAUCCUCGGUACUGCUUUCUCCGUCGGCUGCCAGGUCGAUGGUCGCAGCCCCAAGGACGUCUCCGACGACGUCAAGGAGGGCGAGAUUGACAUUCCCGAGGAAUAA